AUGGCAGAGCCCUCUGAAUUGGCUCUCUUUUCCGAUCCACCAAAUCAAGUAGCAGUGCAUAAGAUUUAUUUUCAGGAAACCAGACCCAUUUCGUCAUUUGACUUAGAUACUGCACCUCUGGAAUUUUCCAUUCCGGGAAACGGCGGAGAAUAUUUAGAUCUCAGAAAAAGUCGACUCUACAUUAAAGCAAAGAUCACCAAGUGUGACGGCACAGCCUUAGCAGCUUUGGAAAAGACAGGAAUCGUUAAUUUACCUCUUCAAGCACUGUUUUCUCAGAUAGAUGUCUACAUGAACGGAAAAUGCGUCUCGCAAAAUGCCAGCAAUUAUCCCUGGAAAGCUUAUUUCAAAGUACUCUUGUCUACAGGAAAAGGCACAUCUGAAUCGCAAAUGCAGACACAGAUGUACUGGCCUGAUGGAGAGGGCAUGAAUGACCCGGAUGCUGCAGCCGGAACGAACAUGUCUCUGAGAAAGAGAUAUGUAUUUACCCAAAAAUCGAGAACAUUUGAUCUGGAAGGUCCUCUAUACGUGGAUUGUUUUUAUCUCGACAAAUAUCUCAUCAAUGGAGUAGAUAUUCAACUCAGGCUGUUUCGUUCCAAGCCCGAAUUCGUGAUAAUGAGUAAGGAAGCCUCGCUGAGCUACAAGGUCACCAUAUUAGACGCCGUAUUUAAGGCCUGUAAAGUUAAAGUCGACAGCGCCAUUCUGGUGAAUCACACCAAUGUCAUUCUCAAGUCCCCGGCGAGGUAUAAUUAUCUCAAAACAGAUGUCAAAAUGACCACCAUUUCAGAUAAAACUAGCGAGUUUUAUUGGGACGACGUUUGGAACGGAAAAAGACCAUCAAAAGUGUUUGUCACUUUUGUCAAACAGUCGGCAGUGAACGGUGGUUACGCCGAUAAUCCGUUUUAUUUUGAACACUUUGAUCUGUCCGAGAUUGUCUUGUACGUCAACGGAGAACCGACACCCAUUCGACCAAUGAAGCUAGACUUUGGGGAGAACAAUAAUUACGUUACUCCUCUCUGCAAUUUGUAUCAGUCCUCUGAAAGGUGGCUCAAAGACGAGAGCCUCGUCAUCGAUAGAGAAAAAUUUGGGACUGGAUAUGCCAUAUAUGCCUUUGACCUCGUACCCACUGAUCCCGGAGAUGGGUAUAUAAACCUGGUACAUCAAGGAAACGUCGGUGUCUAUGCUCGUUUUUCUAAACCAACUACAGCGACCAUCAGCGCCAUAGCCUAUUGUGAAUGCCCCGGUCUUCUUUUAGUUGACAAUACCAGAAAAGUGAGACAAUUGUAA